UUUAGACCAGGGGAGUCAGCCCAGUCCCGUUGCCAUGGAUACCGGGACUAGGCCGCAAGCCUGACGCCGAGGAGGAGAAGCGACGGGGAAGCGCUUCCGCUUCCGGGGGUCACCCAUCGUCGGCUUCGGCGAGGACGCCUUUGAAAAUCAGGUCUCCAGCUGCAGGGCUCUGCCUGGGCCAGACCCGAGUGACUUCAGCGUGCCACCAUGGCGAAUCAUUUGAAAUUCAUCGCUCGGACAGUGAUGGUCCCUGAUGGGAACGUGGAGGCUGCGUACCGGGUUCUCAACAGAGUCUUGACUAUGGAUGGGAUUGUCGCUGAAGCCCAACGGCGCCGGUACUACGAGAAACCAUGCCGUAGGAGGCAGCGGAUCGCCUACGAAACAUGCCGGAGGAUAUAUAACACAGAAAUGGCCCGGAAGAUCCAGUUCCUCACGCGGAAGAAUCGCGCAGACCCUUGGCUCGGCUGCUAGUCUGGAAGGGACUCUGCGGCCGAACCCGAGUGUCCGUCGGACAGCUUUCCAAACAUGAUUGACUGAAUCGGCUGGGGAGAUCAGGCCCGGCAUAGUUCUGUUUCUUAUUUGGAGCAUGACAAACCCAAAUAAAGCAUCAAGCUUAUUCGAUCCAAAA